CAUGGGCAGCCUCAAGCUUAGUGUUAAAGUGUUGCCAAAAAUAUUGCACAGUAGAGACCAGGGCCUUUUUCUGACAGGGCUUUCUCUGCCUUGUCCUGUCUUGCUUUGUCUUUUUUUUCUUUUUGCAAUUGAGAGGAAUUUCUAUUGAACUAAUAGAAUGGAUUAUUAAGACUAAAAUUUACCUUUGUUGGAGAAAUACUUUGCUAUGAGUGUUUUUUUAAUGAUUUAUUGUUUGCUUCUCAAAAAGUUUUUUACUUUUCUUAGCUUUGCUGCCUUUUUUCAAGAAUUUUAUUGAGUCCUCUCUUAUUUUUAUUUUCAUUUCUUGUGAUCCGGCAUCCUACAACAGCUAUGAGUCCUUUAAUGCUCCUGGUUUUGUUUUUGUAUAUGACUGAUGCUAAAUUCUACAGACCCUUUCAGUUUCAUCCAUACAAGACCGAAUUUAAUCCAAAUUAUAAUCAACAGAAACCUACCAGUAGACACAAGAACCACUGUGCCUACGUCACAGAGAAGACAGUGUCCUUCACCAUGCAGGACGGGGCGGCACCCUAUGUGAAAGCCGAGUACAACAAGUGCUCCUGGGGCCACAAAUGUCCAUCUCUCCUAUAUCGACUGAUGUACAAACCAAUUUACAAGGUGGCACAUAGAACAGUCACAGAGCUGGAGUGGCGCUGCUGUCCUGGGUUCUCUGGUUACGACUGUAUGGAGGGACACCCAAUGUUCCAGCAUUCGAUGAGAAUGAUGCCACCUUUCAGGGAGCCAACAAUGAAAGGUCUGCAGUUUCAGGGGACACAGCAGAAAGGGCCGAUGUCGAAAAGUCCAGUGUACAAAGGUCUGCCCAUCAAUGCAGGAGUACAAGUUCAUCCUUGGAGCCAGCCAAAAGGACCUCCCACUAGUAGUUUCAACUCCUACCCAAUGUCUCAUUUUGGAGGUCCAAAUGCACAUUCACACCCUUCUUUUGAGUCCGAUCCAUCCGAGGCUGAGUCCGUACCAGAAGAUCAUGAGCCAGAUAUCCUAGAGACCAACCAAGAGCAUGAACAUGAGCUCCACCAAGGACCUGAGGAACUCAUCCCAGAGGAAAUCCCAGCUCCUCCCUCUGGAGAAGACCAGCCUGACGAGGGAGUCACAGGGCAAGUUCUGGACAAUGAGACAAAAGAGCGAAUACAUCGCAUGGAGGAGGAUGUUCAGCGUCUAAACCAGGGUCUGGAAACACUGCGAGGAAUUGUGACUGGACUGGAAGACAGCCUGAGAGCCUCUCUGAGAGAAGAUGCCAACAGGAUGCUAUCUGCUCUUCUUUCCGCUGGCCUUGGUCCUAUUCCAGCACCAGCUAUAUCCUCUAAUCCUUCCACUAUAGGGUUUGCUGAAAUUCCAGGGGGACACCCUGACAGAGAGGGUUUGGAUGGCAGCCACAUCUUUUCAGGCCUCCCAGACCUGAAUGGAAGAGUAGAGGAGGUCAGGACAGAGCUGCAACAACACACAGCAGAGCUGCGGGAGCUUAAAACAACUGUGAUGGGGCACGACAGAAUAGUAAGGAAAAUUUCAAAUGGGGCAGCAGUGCUUUCUGAUUUCAGCGGAAAUCUUGGACAGCCCGUGGAGGACUUUAUGGAGUCCAAACUGAGUGAAUACAAAGCUGACAUCCUUGAUGGCUUAAAGAAGCACAUGGGGGGCGCACAAAGCCCGUGUGAGGAAAAAACCGGAGAUGAGGGCCGACAAUGCCAGAAGGAGUGGCGCGAGCUGCAGGAGACCAUUAGACCCGCUGUGGAGGAGAGCGCUGCAAAGCUGAGGAGUGAGCUUGGAAGCCUCCAGGCACAGAUCCAUGGAUUCACAUCCACAGGGAGCUGCUGUGAGGACAUGAAUGAACUGGUAGAAAGAGUGCAGCGGCUUGACACGUCUGUAGCAAGGCUCAACCAAACUCAGGGUCGAUUAAGAGUGGAGCUAGGUAGUCAUAGGGAUCACAUUGAGGGAAUUUUGGAGGGACGUCUAGGAUAUGUGGAGGCCAAGCUCAACUUGACAGGGAAACUGAAAAGUGAUGACUCUGGCAAGAUGAUGCAACAGGACCUGGAGAUUCGAAUGGAGGGUAAGUUGAGAGCCGUUGAGGACCGCUUACAAGCAGCACUGGAAGAGCUGGGUAAUGCCACCGCACUGCUGGAGGGUCAUGCUCUCCCACCUCUAGAGACGGAGGUGGAGUCCCUGCGAGCGAGACUCGAGCUCGACGUGGACAGGGUGCAGAAACAGCUCAAUGGCCUCGAGAUUCUCUGCUCCUCUCCUUGCUCUCCCCUUCAGACAUCUGGCACUCAGGGAGACUCGGCAGGGCCAGAUGAAGUCCAGGUGGAGGAGCAGAGUGUGAAGGAGGUGCUGCACAUGCAGGGAGAACGUUUGAACAGCCUUAAUACGACACUUCAGGAAAUACUAACAAUGCUCACUGCUAGGGACCAACAGGUUCAACAAAUAAAAGACACGCCCAUUCAAGCUGAGCUGACUUUCCUUAAGUUCAAUGUUUACAGGGUCAACCGGAGCCUGACAGGUCUCCAUGACUCUCUCGGCACGGUGGCACACCAGAUGGGUCAAGUAAACAGCUCCUGGCAUGAGAGAGAGCUUCGUCUGGCCCAUCAAAUAAAAGGGGUGGUCCAGCUGGUUGGACAUCAGGCCUCCAUGCUGGGUGCAGGUGAACGAAAACUGACCCGACUUAAAGGAGAGCUUCAGGACGUGAAGAGGCGACUGGCAGAGGAAGUCCGAGCAUGCCGAAGUACAGCGACUGUGGUCAAAAAAGAAGUAAGUGAGGUUGGCGGGCGCGUGGCUUCCGUGGAGGAUCAGUGUAGGGGCCUGAACAACAUGGCAGAAGAUCUGGAGAGGAUCAGGGAUGAGCUGGAAAGACAGUCCAGCGGUCUUCUCCUGCAGGUCAACGGGACUCUCUCCAGCCAUGCUCAACAGCUGUCAGAGCUGAAAGGGGAACUCAAAAACUGCACCUCAAAUGCAAAGCCAGCAAAUGCAUCACAGAUGACAGAUGACGUGAACCGCGGAGACACCUUCACCAUGAAUUAACUCGGUUUUUAGGGAGGCCAACACCUUCAGGUGUGGUGGAGUUAUUUAUGUGUUCUUCAUCAGGAUUAUGGGAUAAAUAUGUCUUAAACCGGCACUGAAAUGCAAUAGUUUUAAUGAGCUAUCAAAGUUGUGACUGCAGCCAAAGAAGAAUCUUGAAAAUGAAUUGUGAUGGUGCUACAGUUAACCCUAAACUGCUGUCUUGGUUUAGUGCGCAUUUGAUUGAAUGCGUCUGUGUGACUAUACUGUUUCUGUGAAGCUUACACAAGCAGACAAUUAAGGAUAUUUAUGUUUUUGUAUUGAAAUUUUUUAAAUCUAGGCUAGAAGUAUGAAAAGCAUUUGGAUGUUUUUUUUAUAAUUUUUGAUUUUGAUUGUUUGUCUUAAACUAUAAUCCCAAAUAAAGAAAAUAUUCUGGAGUUUUUUUUCUGAAAACAC